GGCUGGAGCAGCCUGGGGCAGUGGGAGGUGUCCCUGCCAUGGCAGGGGUGGCACUGGGUGAUUUUUAGGUCCCUUUCCAACCCAAACUAUUCCAGGAUUCUGAGUAGAACCUUCUUGGGUCUCUGAACGUACCGACCACCCAGAGAUGGGGAUUCUCAGCUGAGCUAAAGCUGCACCUUCAAGUGUCAGAAGGUGACUGCUACUAGAUAAUUGACAUAACACUGACAAAACACUCAAAACCAACUCUUUUAAUACAGACAUCUGAUUAAAAAAUAAUAUUUUCUUGUCUUUAGCAGCAUAAUUAGCAAGGAUGGCCAAGCUGCAAAACUUCACUUGGGCAGUGGAAGAUAUUUUCAAGGAAACCUUCCUCAAUUACAUGAACAGCUGGAGGAGGAACAUGACAGAAGCAGCGAAUAAACUGGAGGCUGAGGUGGCUGCUGAAAACUUUGACUACGUCAUCCUGUACCUGAUGGUGAUGAUUGGGAUGUUCUCCUUCAUCAUCGUGGCCAUCCUGGUGAGCACUGUGAAAUCCAAGAGGAGGGAGCACUCCAACGAUCCCUAUCACCAGUACAUCGUGGAGGACUGGGGAGAGAAGUACAAAAGCCAGGUUCUGAACCCCGAAGAUCUCAAGUGUGUGAUCCAUGAGAACCUGGGGGCAAGGGAUAAAACAAGCCCGGAGUCACCCUGA